AGGACCCACGGGUGCUUGUCUGCAGCGUGUGAAGCCCAGGAGUGUUGGGCAAUUGUGGUUUUCCUUCCAGCCAGCGAGACCUAGCUAUACCGGCCUAGCCUGGGUGUUUGGGGCCUCAUCAGCACAGGCAUGGAGGAGACAGUGGUGCGGCCUUCAGUGUUCGUGGUAGACGGACAGACGGACAUCCCAUUCACAAGGCUGGGGCCCAGCCGCCGGAAAAAAACCUGCAGUGCUGGCCGGCUGGGCCUCGGGCUCCUGCUGCUGCUGCUGGUGGCUGGGAUGGCGGUGCAGGGCUGGUUUCUGCUGCAGCUGCACCAGCGCCUGGGACAAAUGGUCACCCCACUGCCGGAGAACGACCCAUGGUCCCGGGAAGAGCUGAUCCCAGAGCGGAGGUCCCACCAGGCCAACCCGGUAGCACAUCUCACAGGGGCCAACUCCAGCUUGACUGGCAGCGGGGGCCCAUUGCUAUGGGAGACGAAGCUGGGCCUGGCCUUCCUGAGGAACCUCCACUACCGGGACGGCGCCCUGGUGGUUGCCCGAGCUGGCUACUAUUACAUCUACUCCAAGGUGCAGCUGGGCGGCGUGGACUGCCCUAAAGGGCCGUACGGUGGCCUGCCCAUUACUCAUGGACUCUACAAGCGCACACCUCGCUAUCCUGAAGAGCUGGAGCUGCUGGUCAGCCGGCGGUCACCCUGUAGGCCAGGGACCAGCCCCCGAAGGUGGUGGGACAGCAGCUUCCUGGGUGGCGUGGUGCACCUGGAUGCCGGGGAGGAGGUGGUCGUCCGGGUGCCAGAUGAGCGCCUAGUCCGGCUCCGCGAUGGCACCCGGUGCUACUUCGGGGCGUUCAUGGUGUGAAGGAAGGAGUGACAGUGGACUGGAUGGGCUCUGACCACAGAGGUGUCCCAGGAGACAGAGAACCAGCAAGCAGAGACCUUGGAGGAUGUCCCAGGGACCCCAAAACACAGCAGUUGGGAAAUCACCACCAGGGACCAAGAACCCGGCCAUGCUAAGAGGCUGGAGACUCAGAGGGCACCUAUGGAGAGGAC